GCCAGAGGAGAAUGAAGACCAAAUUUUCUGCACUGACUCCAAGUACACAAUAAAAUGCCUUUAAUGGCUAAAAAAAGUGGGUUUUGCAUGAUGUGUCCCCCUUAAGCUGCUUAUUUUAUAACAAUAAAAUGAUUUGUGGGCACAAACACAUUAGCCUUUGUGUCUAAAUAGUUCUUGUUCCUGACCAGAACCAAUAGGAAAGUUCUCUCAUCCUCUUAUUAGCAUUGGCCAAAUGCUUAUCUGUUGUUUCAGAACAGCUUUGAUUAAUUAUGUACUUUAUCUUCACUGCCUUUGCAUGUGUUUAUAGCUUGCCAAUUAAAAUAAACUUUUAUUGAAGAGUAAAAAGGUCUUGUAUUCCUUUGUGUGUGUUCCAUCCAUAUUUCAUUGAACAGAAAAGGAUUUUGAUGUUUUAGCUUUUUGUGGAUCUGACAGCAGUUGAAAGAUUUUGUUCUUAAAUGAAAAUAUUUGAUGAUUUUCCUUGAAGCAAAGUGAACACAAUCAACCUGCCGGUGUUCGCACCCUCUGAGGAGUCAGAAGGUCACCAAGAAAGGAGAAAAGCGGUGGUGCCAAUAUUUUUUUUCUCCCUCUUUCCAAUCUUUCAGCAAGCUGCUGGCGCGCACAAACGCGCAAUCACUUACUGUGUCUUCACCCAUGAGAAAUUCAAGAAGCCAUGCCAAUUCCAGCAGAUGUUCCUUAAGCGGAGGCAACUUGUAAACACCAUGAAAUGGUUUAAAACCUAAUGUGGUGGUCGCUGACAGAGCUCUUCAACGCAAGCGGGGAAGGUGGAAGCUCGCCUCGCGCACGUCCGGAUCUGCAGCAACAGAACCCAAAGCCGUUUCCCUAAGCGCGUCAGGAGACGUGGAAUAACCGCAGGUAGCUGCAGAGUCUGCUCCCGAGGUUUGGUCGACAUGCUGGGCUUCUGCGUGUGUCUCUGUGCGGUUUUCACUCAGGUCUUCCCCCAGGAGACUGAGGAGCCCGUCACCUACUCAUGCACAGAGGGGUACACCUAUGACAAAGUCAAAGAGCAGUGCAGAGACAUUGAUGAAUGUGAGCUGUUAGAAGAUGCCUGCAAAGGAGGGAUGAAAUGCAUCAACAACUACGGGGGAUACCUCUGCCUCCCCAAGAACGCCAUCAUCUACGUCACCAUGGGCCAGUCCGAGGAAGGGACGCAGCCCAACCAGACACCCCAAGUUCCUGCUGUUCAACCAAACCCUCAGCUCCCACCGCCAAGGGUCCCCCAGCCCACCAUUCGCUGUUCACCAGGUUUUACUUCUGAUGAGCAGAACUAUUGCAGAGACAUAGAUGAAUGCGCAACAAGCAGACACACUUGUGGGCCUGAACAGACGUGCUUUAACACCAGAGGCUCCUUUACGUGCCAAUGUCCUCUCGGCUACCAGAAGAGCGGAGACCGUUGUAUCGACAGAGACGAGUGUGGCCUGAGUCACUACUGCAUGCAAAGGUGUGUGAAUACCCGGGGUUCUUACUACUGUGAGUGCAACAACGGGUACAAAUUGGCCAACGACAAUCACACCUGUGUUGAUAUCAAUGAGUGUGAGGUGGAGAGCCCCUGUCAGCAUCACUGCUACAACCUGAUUGGCUCCUUUCUGUGUCAGUGCGAUCAUGGCUUUGAGUUGGCAGCGGACACGGUAACCUGCCAAGACGUCGAUGAAUGCAGCUUGUCCAGCUACAUGUGUCAGUAUCAGUGUGUUAACAACCCUGGAAGUUACACCUGUGAGUGCCCACAGGGAUACCAGCUGCAAGCAAGCAGGUUGUGUCAAGACAUAAAUGAGUGUGAGACGGGGACCCAUGACUGCCAAGAUGAUGAUAUGUGCUGGAACUAUUACGGAGGCUUCCGUUGUUAUCCCAGAAAUCCCUGCGAGCCGCCCUACACCCAGACCUCUGAAAAUCGCUGCAGCUGUCGAUCUCAAACUGAGUGCCAGGGUCUCCCACCGUCAAUAGUCUACAAAUACAUGAACAUGCAGGCGGACAGAAAUUUGCCGGCCGACAUAUUCCAGAUUCAGGCCACCUCCGUGUACGCCAACACACACAACAACUUCAAGAUCAAAGCAGGAAAUGAUGGAGGGGAGUUCUUCCUUCGGCGUUCCAACAAUGUGAGUGCCAUGCUGGCGCUUACCAAGCCUCUGCUGGGACCCCGGGAGUACAUCGUGGACCUGGAGAUGAUCACUCACCAUCUACCCAUGAACUACCGCACCAGUUCGCUGCUGCGGCUCACCAUCAUCGUGGGGGCUUUUCCUUUCUGAGCAGCACGAGUCCCCGCAGCCCACACAAGUCUGGUCUCAGCAAACAUAGCAAAAAGCAUCAGCAUGACAUACUUUACAUUUUCACUCGCAUAUAACAUAGGCUGCCUCGGAUUCAAACAGCGGAGAAGCAGUUUUCACGUUCUUGCUCAAGUCAAACCAGGCCAUGCUGUAACACACGACCACUGCUGUCAUUUUCUAUCCUAGAACAUCUUUUAAUUCAAACACAAGAGAUGUUUUACCUUCAUUUUUUUAAGUCCCUGAAGGUAAAACAUUUGAAUUAGAACUAUUAUAAUCUCCCAUACUACAAUAAUAAUAAUAAUAAUAAUUUAAAAAAGAUGCCCCAGUGGGACUCAUCGACCUUUCUUUUGUCUCAAUGCUGCAUUGGUUUUUAGGAAGGAAGAGGAACAAAUUUACCAGCAUGAGCAGCUUUUAAUGCAAGGAUACACGAUUUAAAAUCACUACUUUCUGUUGAUAAAUGUUCUGGGUUGGGGCUACGGAGCCACACUGUUGGUGCAAGCUUUCUGCGCAGUUUGCCUCAUGACUAAUAAUUUCCAGAGAAUUCCAGGAACAGUUCAAAAGUGUAAAGGAAGGUAAUUAGCCUGUGAGCUGAAAGAGUGCUUGACUUUGUGUUACGACAGGCCUCAAGCUUCCCUCACAGGAGUAAUGUCAUGUAAAUACAUAGGUUCAAAAAAAAAUCUUUGUGUGUGUGUUUAUGUGUGUUUGUGUUGGUAUGAUUGUGUGUUUAUGCAUGCAAGUAAAUGUAAGUGUGCAUCAC